GUGAGAUAGAUAGAGAACUUAAAAUGCGCGUGCGCGAGCUCGAAUCAUGGGUAUUUCCUACCGGCCGGCAACAGUGCCAAGCUGUCGUUUUACGUUGUCAGUGUACAGGCAUAAGCCAGCGCACAGGCCGGUGCUGCAGCCUUGUAGUUGACAGUAUUUAUUUUCGUUCUUGAACAAUUUUGGUGGAUAUUCGAACGCGAGUAUUAUAGCAUGAUACUUAAGUGGUCAGAUUCGAAAGAAGUAAUUAUACAAAAGGAUUUAAAAAUAGUGGGGUGAUAUUUUCUGAUUUUCUUGCGUCAGAACGUGUUACGAUCAGUCGAGUGGCAAAUCGAGUUCUGAUUUAACAAGAUGGAUAAUAAUACAACAAUGGACAUAAAAGAAAGUUUACCAUCCCCUUCAUCACUGUAUCUGAUGACUAUUCAAUCUCUGCCCGGUUCAACUCCCAAAGAAAAAUAUAGACAUCUAAACUGUAUAACCCUUGAAAUCGUCACUACUUGCUGCGAGACUCGUGAACAACUAGAUAGCGUUAUUCUAUCGCGCAACAUACCAGCACCCAUAUUUUCACUUGUUCAAGUACUAGCCGCAAAAAGAUUGAAAUUACGCGAAGUGAUUCUCGAAGCUCUCAAGUCAACGAAUUUACAAGUACUAAAUCAAGCUUUGAGGGCCAAGUGGUUCUUUGACGGAACCAACAAGCAAGUCACUGUUCCAUACUUUGUUGAGCAAGUGUUUUCCUUUGUAUCACUGCGUACUAGAUCGAGGAUCGUCAAGGCUCUGGCACGAGGUAUGCGAACACCGGGACUGGAGUUCAAGGCUGAGCAGUUCUUUAAGGCUCUCCUUAAAGACUACAGCCUCUCGCAGGCCAUGCCACUUCUACCCUACUGUGGAGAAAAUUUCAUAAGCAGUGCGAUUGCCGAGUACGACAUAAAACUCUCUAUCAAAAUGCUUGACCUUGUGUACCGCAAGUAUCCGACAUUGGCAAUUCUUUACCUGGAUCACGGAAGACAUCUACGAGAUCCAGAGAUAGAACGUAAAAAUCAUACGAUGAAAUCUUUGACUUACAAAACUUUUCUUUUAAGACUUAUCAAACACCAUACUGAGGAAUUUAUAAAGCUAUCCCGUGCUAUUAAUAAUGACUGCGGUAGAAUUAGCAAUACUCGCGUACGAUACCUGUGUAAGAAUGCCGCACAUAUUUUUGUAGAGAACCCUAACAUAUACUUGCCUCAUGUAAAUUAUAAAGCCGUCUACUACAAUCUUACAAGAGAACAGUUUGUAAAAAUGUAUUGUAAUAUGUUUCCGAAACAGAUGUACCAGUUUGAUUUUUUUGAAAUGCUCAUCUAUCUAAAUCGUUAUCCGAAAGCUGGACGCUUGAGCUUCAUGAUGGAUCAAUAUAAAACUGUGUACAAAAGGGAUUUACUUGAUGAUACAUCUAGGCACAAAAUCUCUAUUAGCAAUUUAAAAGAUGCAACUGAUUUACUUAGAACGGAGGAUUUCGAAAAAUUGUUCGUUUCUAACCUAAUCUUUCCAUACCACCUGAAUGAUUUUAAAAUAGACGAGGUAAUGAAUUACUUGGAAUAUUAUCCGAAAGAAAAACAGUUAAAUUUAUUGAGGACAACUUUCCAAAGCCGUUUUAAAAGCGAUAUUCUAAGCCUUCCUUUCCAUCUUAAAUCGGUGAAAUUUUUGAGAAUUCUACCUGACGAUGAAAGAGACCGGUUAGCUAAACUGCUGAUACAAAAUUGCAUCGCAUAUAGACAGUCACCAGACUGCUGGUUCUGCUUUUUAGCAAUCAAGGAAUCCUUUGAGAUCUAUAGAGAAAAACUUCAAAAUCUGUCAUUAUCAAAAAGAAUGGAAUGGUUGCAAAACAUGAUCUCGGCAUGCGAAAUUUAUGAUAAUAAAACUUACUUAUUAGAAGUGCUCAAUUACUUCCAUGUUCAUUACAAAAAUGCACAGCCAUCGAUACAGUAUAAGUUUUUGCAGUAUCUCAUGCAGAAGUUUCAAAUAACAGAUCUCGAUGCUCCGUGCUUUCACGUAUUUUACGAAAUAGUGCUGAGAGCUUACGUAAAGGAUGAACUUUUCAGCAUGUCUAAUGACGUCAUUGAAAAGAUAUUUGACGGCAUAGUACAUCGCUUAAUUGUUCAGACUCACUUGCCGAUCGUCGUACCUGAACUUCACUCAGUUUUGGAGAGGAUAGUCGACAUGUACCUCGAAUACAAAAUCGAGUUCCAGGACACAAAUGCGUGGAGAAUUUUAGAAAACGCGCCAAAACUGGAAUUGGUGUGCAUCAAUAUGCUCUUACAACGCAUCCCAAGCAUUUAUCCCGAUGACCAUCCAGUUUGGAGAGAACCUACGGAGAAACUGAAUGUCGCGACGAAGUUGAUCGAGAAACUGCACGAUUACAAUGUAAAAUUAAUAGAGGACGUUGAUAACAGUGAAUCGAACAAGGAAAAGAUAUGCAAACUAUUAACGAGAGUGAAAAGCUAUCCUUGGUUAAUGAGAGCUGUAACCGACGUAUUGAUAUGCAAGGAUAAAGAUCAAGUUUGUACCGAAUAUAUAAAGAGAUGCCUUGAAGUGUAUGACAAAGAGUUCUAUCAUUCGACAAUAAACAAGUCAGUAGUUGUGGACUACGUCAAAGAGAUUAAAUCGGGAAGAGCGAGUUUGUUACUUAAAAAAGACCCUGAAAAAGUUUUUGCAGAAUGGGAAUCGUACUUUUCGGCUUGUCGAAAACUUUUAUCCGCCAAUUCACAAGCUGCCAAGAAGUUCGUUUCGUCAACCAAGUGGCAUAACCAGCUGCCGAUAAAAUUCAUCGAGCGAUCUUUCCUCGAGCUUGAUCAGUCAGGCAGCAUGACUAUUUUGGGCCUUCUUCUCGAUGGACCCGACCUAGAGAAAAUAAUACUACCGCACCUACCGACAGUGCCAACGGUGGAAAUUCACGAGAAGGACGCAAGAAAUCACUACAGGAUGGCGAGUUUCAUUCCCCGUGCGAUCAAUGUAUCAACACCACCAGUUUCCACUGACCUUCUUCUAGCGUUAUUCCAGGGUGACUACGUUACUUUAGCAGUGCGCUCAUUAGACAAUCUGGCAUGGUGUCUUGAAAAAUCCAAGGUUCUCACUAUAGCCGAAAAAUUAAUGAACGACCCCUUAAUUGGCGUAAACCGACAUGGGCCUCGCCUGGCAUUUAUGGUCGCCUCUAAGCAGGAGUUGCAUGAGUUCAUUUUACAGACUCUGCUUGACUUGAAGCAUAAACCCUCGGUAGCUGAGGCGAUUGCGAAGAAGAUCAAGAAUCUAAUGAUAAUUGAACCUUCUGAAAUGAAUUUAUCGUUGUUGGAGACCUUUAUCGACAAAUUAAGGAUAGAAGACACAGUCGCGCUUAGUGUGCUGUGUAAAAUUGGCUCACUGAGAGCUAAUGCUGUUACGACGUUGUACGUUCAAAUGAUUUUGAGGAAAAUCGAGGUACUCGCGGAGAAUAAUGGCAUGGACAAUUUGUUGGAGAUUUGCAUUAGGGAUGUUUUUGGAACCAUGAUCGCACCGCUAUUACCGAAAGAACUGAUAUUGGGGGCGAUAAAGAAAUACUACUUUAAUCCCCCAUCGUUGGAAGUGUCACUUGCAGUACGCGAGUUUGCAAAGAAUGUUUUUAUACAUCGGCCUUUCGUAGCUUCAGCUUAGGAAAUUUGUUGAGAUACAGUGAGAGUCUUUUAAUUAUAUAAUUGCAUCGAUGUUAAUAUUACUGUAAUUUUUUAUAAUUUAUAUCAUUAUAGCAUAGCUAAAGUACAUUAAUGUUAAUUAAUAAAUUAAAGAUUUAAUAAUA